AUGUCCAUUGAAGAAGACUCGAAGCACGACGUGGUCCGCGUCAAGACUAUGGGCGGCCACACCAUCACUGCCACGGAUGUGGUUGAAGCCACAGCUGUACCAUUACAAAGGUUGAGCAUUAUAGCCGAAAUGUCGUUUUAUCGCACGUAUUGCAUUGCCAUUCGUGUACCCAAGGGCGAAAUUGAGGAUUGUCUUAUCUACGACGAGGCAGAGAUGUACAAGUAUAUUCGAUUCACUGUGUGUGAUGAAGAAGAUGAUUAUCUUGUUAUUGGUGGAUGUGACCAUAAAGUUGGCCAAGAGCAAGACGCCCAAGAUCAGUACAAAGAGCUCGAAGAAUGGGUAAGAGCUCGGUUUCCGUUUGCGGGUUCUGUGGAUUAUAAGUGGAGUGGUCAGAUUUAUGAACCUAUUGACUAUAUGGCGUUUAUCGGGAAGAAUCAGGGGCAAGAACAUACAUAUGUCAUUACCGGUGAUAGCGGGAAUGGCUUAACGCAUAGCGUGCUGGCUGGAAGGUUGAUUGCUGAUGAGAUUGCAGGCAUCCAGAACCCCUGGACAUCGCUAUACAGUCCCAGUCGACUCGCCAGCAUCACAAAAUCGUUAUCUACCAUGGUGAAGCAUGACCUCCAGAUCACUACCCAAUACAAGCGGUACCUGCAAUCAGAUAUCAAAGAUAUCGAGGACCUGGCUCCGAAUUCUGGUGGCGUGGUACAUAAUGGCCUUGCGGGUCAGCAGCCAGUUGCCGUGUAUAAAGAUGGAAAAGGCAACGCACACGAGUUGAGUGCAGUUUGUCCGCAUAUGAAGGGUGUGAUGUGUUGGAAUGCGGCGGAGAAGAGUUGGGAUUGUCCAGUGAAUGGGAGUCGGUUUGGAUGGGAUGGAGUUUGUAUUGAGGGGCCUGCCAAAAAGGGGUUGACUGCUAUUAGUACAUAG